AUGAGCAGCAAAGUCUCACACCACACCCUAUAUGUGGCUGUGUGGGAAAUCCUGCAUAGGAACCAACACAAGUUUCUGGAGAUGGUGGAGUUGCAGAUCAGCCUGAAGAACUACAACCCUCAGAAGGACAAAUGCUUCUCAGGCCCUGUCAGGCUUAAGUCCACCCCUUGCCCCAAGUUCUUGGUAUGCAUCCUGGUUGACCAGCAGCACUGUGAUGAAGCCAAGGCCAUGGAUAUCCCCCACAUGGACAUCAAGGCGCUUAAGAAGCUUAAUAAUAAUAAUAAGUUGGUCAAAAAGCUGGCCAAGAAGUAUAAUGCCUUUUUGGCCUCUGAGUCUCUGAUCAAGCAAGUCCCACGUAUCCUGGGCCCAGGCCUAAACAAGGUUGGCAAGUUCCCCUCCCUGCUGGCACACAAUGAAAAUGUGGCGGCCAAAGUGAAUAAGGUGGAAUCUACCGUCAAGUUCAGAUGA